UACAAAGAGAAAAGCCAGGGGCGACACGCCCCUGUUGCUAUCACCAAAAGUCUUCCCGAUCAGUUUAUUUGUUCGCUAAGUGGUUUCCGUCGACAACGCCGAAAUCUGAGCGAUCGAAGCGCUACCUCAAGCUCACGUACGAGGAGGCUGCGGCUUGACCUGCAUGUGCUUGGCACUGUUCAAUUAAGCUGUGUGCUUGUCUGCUUCGUGAGGUUAGCUUGCACUAGCUAGCUUUGUAUGUACGUGUAUUUGUCCUGGGUGAAUUGAUCUAGCGAUCAAAAGCCAACAUAAUGCACAGUGUCCAUCACCUCGACUGUAGCUGCUGCCAACCGAACUAGGCCCCAUGGAGGAGGGGAGCCCGGCAUAGGAGACGAUGCUCACAAGACAAAGCGUUGUUAGAGAAUCAAAAAACCUUGGAGAAUCGGGAAUGGGCGGAAUGUGCGUAUAUGGAGAGAUCCAUGGCUCUCACGACCGUCUUCUUUCAAGCAUAUGUCGCUGCAGGGAAGGUGCAGGCUUAGGCGUGCCUCGGAGCUUCUCUCUGAGCGGGGGGAGUGGAACGAGGCACUUUUCCACCAAUACUUUGCAUAUCCUGAUGUGGAAGAAAUAUUGAAGAUCCGGCCAUGUUGGCGCCUGCAAGACGACGUCGUGUUGGCUUGGGCUCCUGACAUGAGAGGUGUCUUCUCAGUGAGGAGUGCCUAUCGACUAGCUAUCGAGGUGAAACUCCGCACAUCUUCGUGCGCCGCGAGCAGGGCACCGGACGGCAACCGCGCCAUCUGGAAGGCUGUGUGGAGGUGCCCUGCUCCUCCUAAGGUGUCCCAUGGCUGUGGCUCUUCCGGAUAUUCAGUCCAUCCAGAGCUCUGGAUCCCAGUGGCUGCUCAACCUCGCGUGAUGGAUGUGGAACGCAUGGUCAUUCUCAUGACCUUCUGGCGUGCCUGGCAUUGCCAGAACGAAGUCACUCAUCACAAGCCUGCGCCAACCAUUGAAAGUUCAAGGCAAUUUCUCAGUAGCUACAUCGAGUCACUCAUUUGUAUGAAGCAGAACCCAAAUGCAGACUUCAGCAAAGGAAAGAUGGUGGUGGACGUUGUCAGCAAGGCAACAAUGCUGAGUACUGUGGCCAGGAAGGUAGGAGAGCAGGUGGAGGAGCCAUGGUGUUUAGCACCAUCCGGCUGGGCAAAGCUCAAUGUCGAGGGGGCCUUCAAGCAAGAAGAAAGCUGGUUAUGCAGCGAACGGACAAGCCUAUCAUCAUCGAGCUUGACUGUGUCCAGGGUGUGCAAGCCCUGCUGGAACCUGCGACGAAAAGGUCAGCGGUGGCGUUCCUAGUAGGAGAGACGAAACGGCUCUUGCAUGAGGGGAGAAUCUUUUUUUUCGAAAAGGAGGCUUACCCCCGGCCUCUGCAUCUGAAAGAUGCAUGCGGCCAUAUUAUUAAAAACAAGGUCCGAAAUAAACAAGGUCUUAUCUCCAAUACAACUUGCAAGAGGAGCGAAAAUAAAAAUGAGCACUCAAAGCCACAACCGGCAUGAACAAAAGAAUAGAACACUAAACGCCUAUUCUAUUAAGAGACCGUCAUCCAAACCGAUUGAAUAUAUUCUGUGCUACCAUCUCCCAGUGGGUGCAUCCAGUAAUCAAAGGCUCCCUGGACUCCAUAGGAGUGAGUAAGGACCACGUACGGAUCUAAGCAGUAUCUCUGAAGAUGACCUGCAAGAAUGUUAGAGAAUGUUGUCUGUUAAAAAUCAUAUCAUUUUUGCAGUUCCAUAUAGCCCAAAUAAGCGCACAUAUUUCAAUCCGAAUACGAGACGCAGUAAGUAGA